GCUCUUAGGCGGCGAAGACCUUAGAUGUGUGCAAGGUGGCGGAGGAGGCUGGCCACGCCAGAGCCGAGCGCCCAGCCCCAGUGCUUUCCACCUGCUCAGGACCACCGCGCAGCCAUGGGCUACCAGGGGCAGCAGUCCGUCAUCCCACCGCAGAGAGAUCUAGAUGACAGAGAAACCCUCGUUUCUGAACAUGAGCAUAAAGAGAAAACUUGUCAGUCUGCUGCCGUUUUUAAUGUUGUCAACUCCAUUAUAGGAUCCGGCAUAAUAGGAUUACCCUAUUCUAUGAAGCAAGCUGGCUUUCCUUUGGGAAUAUUGCUUUUAUUCUGGGUUUCAUAUGUUACAGACUUUUCCCUUGUUCUACUAAUAAAAGGAGGCGCCCUCUCUGGAACAGACAGCUACCAGUCUUUGGUUAAUAAAACCUUUGGCUUCCCAGGAUAUCUCUUUCUCUCUGUUCUACAAUUUUUGUAUCCUUUUAUAGCUAUGAUAAGUUACAACAUAAUAGCUGGAGAUACUUUGAGCAAAGUUUUUCAAAGAAUUCCAGGAGUUGAUCCUGAAAGCUUUUUUAUUGGUCGACAUUUCAUUAUUGUGCUUUCCACGGUCACCUUUACUCUGCCUUUAUCCUUGUACCGAGAUAUAGCGAAGCUUGGAAAGAUAUCGCUUAUUUCUACCAUUUUAACAACUCUGAUUCUUGGAAUUGUAAUGGCAAGGGUAGUUUCAAUGGGUCCACAAAUCCCUAAAACAGAAGAUGCCUGGGUAUUUGCAAAAUCUAAUGCCAUUCAGGCUGUUGGGGUUAUGUCUUUUGCAUUCAUUUGCCAUCAUAACUGCUUCUUAGUUUAUGGUUCUUUGGAAGAACCCACAGUAGCCAAGUGGUCUCGCAUCAUCCAUGUGUCCAUCUUAGUUUCUAUAUUUAUCUCUAUACUCUUUGCUACGUGUGGAUACUUGACAUUUACUGGCUUCACCCAAGGAGACUUAUUUGAAAAUUAUUGCAGAAGUGAUGACCUGGUAACAUUCGGAAGAUUUUGUUACGGUGUCACUGUCAUUUUGACCUACCCACUAGAAUGUUUUGUGACUAGAGAGGUAGUUGCCAAUGUGUUCUCCAGUGGGAAUCUUUCAUCAGUUUUCCACAUUGUUGUAACACUGGUGAUCAUUACUGUGGCCACACUUGUGUCCUUGCUGAUUGAUUGUCUCGGAAUAGUUCUAGAACUCAAUGGAGUACUCUGUGCUGCUCCCCUCAUUUUUAUCAUUCCAUCAGCCUGUUAUCUAAAACUGUCUGAAGAACCAAGGACACACUCAGAUAAGAUUAUGUCCUGUGUCAUGCUUCCCAUUGGUGCAGUGGUGAUGGUUUUUGGAUUCGUCAUGGCUGUCACAAAUCCUCAAGAUUGCACCCACGGACAGGAAAUGUUCUACUGCUUCCCUGGCAACGUCUCACUCACAAAUAUCUCAGAGUCUCAUUUUCAACUGACAACACAACGUUCAGUUUUAAACAGCAGUAUCUUUCAAUGAAGUUAACUGGCUUUAAAAAUAUGUGUGUUUUCACAGACUUCUAAAGCACAUAAUAUACACACAUGUUU